GAGGGGGUGCCCAGGAUGCAGCCUGCCAUGAUGAUGUUCUCCAGUAAGUACUGGGCCCGGCGCGGACUGUCCCUGGAUUCGGCUAUGUUUGAUCAACAGAAGGUCGUAAGCCAAAUGGUGAGCAGGACCUCCGUGAAGCCCCGUAGGAUUUCCUUUGGUCGGAUAGAUGAGAAGCCGGACAAAGAAGGAAAGACCCUGCCUCCUGAUUUGGGAAAGUUGGCGUUGAUAUUUUCAGUGAGGAAUGAGGUGGGCGCCUUAGUGAAGGCAUUGCGACUAUUUCAGGAGAAGCAUGUGAACCUUGCCCAUAUUGAGUCCCGCCCAUCUAAGCGAGUCCCCGGUGAGGUCGAAAUAUACGCCGAAUGUAAAUGCACCAAAAAGGAGUUUAGUGAGUUGGUGCAGCACCUUAAAGACCACGUCAACAUAGUAUCACACAACAUCCCUCAGCAUGUGUGGUCUGCCAGUGUAGACCAUGAGGACUGUGUGUGUGUUUUGGGGAGUUUGCCUGAUGGGGAUGGAGUGCCCUGGUUUCCCCAGAAGAUCUCCGAACUGGACCAGUGCUCACAUCGAGUUCUAAUGUAUGGGUCAGAACUGGACGCAGACCAUCCAGGCUUCAAAGACAGUGUGUAUCGACAAAGGAGGAAGUACUUUGUGGAAGUCGCAAUGAAUUACAAAUUUGGACAGCCUAUUCCCCGCAUUGAGUACACAGAGGAGGAGGUGAAGACUUGGGGAGUAGUUUUCCGGGAACUGACCAAACUCUACCCCACACACGCCUGUCGCGAGUACCUGAAAAACCUUCCACUUCUAACCAAGUAUUGUGGGUACAGGGAAGAUAAUAUUCCCCAACUGGAGGAUGUAUCUCUCUUCCUCAGAGAGAGAUCAGGUUUCACAGUAAGACCUGUGGCGGGUUAUCUGUCACCGCGGGACUUCCUAGCUGGUUUGGCCUAUCGCGUUUUCAACUGCACUCAGUAUGUCCGACACAGCACCGAUCCGCUUUACACGCCAGAGCCAGACACGUGCCACGAGUUGCUGGGUCACGUACCCCUCCUUGCAGACCCCAAGUUUGCUCAGUUUUCACAGGAAAUUGGCCUUGCUUCGCUGGGGGCCUCAGAUGAGGACGUACAGAAGCUGGCUACAUGUUACUUCUUCACCAUUGAGUUUGGGCUGUGUAAGCAGGAGGGUCAGCUGAGGGCCUAUGGGGCAGGACUGCUGUCAUCCAUUGGCGAGCUGAAGCAUGCACUGUCAGACAAAGCCGCAGUGAAAACGUUCGACCCCAAGACAACCUGCUUCCAGGAGUGCCUCAUCACUACUUUCCAAGAGGUGUAUUUUGUCUCGGAGAGUUUUGAGGAAGCCAAGGAAAAGAUGAGGGAGUUUGCCAAAACCAUAAAGAGACCUUUCUCUGUCUACUACAAUCCCUAUACCCAGAGCAUUGACCUACUUAAGGACACCAGGAGCAUUGAAAACGUGGUGCAAGACUUGCGGAGUGACCUCACAACAGUCUGUGAUGCUCUGGGCAAAAUGAAUAGAUAUCUCGGAAUCUAG